GUGGGUGUGGCUACUGUCAGCAUGUUGGAAUCGGCCUGUCGGGACGGAUAUCUGACAGUCAGGUCGGAACCUCGAGAACCCAAGCACCUGCUUCCCAAGAGAGAGAAAACCUGCAGCGACCAGGAGACCAACUUGACCGUGGGCCAGUACGUGUUGUGUCGCUGGUCUGACGGCCUUUACUACCUGGGCAAGAUCCAGAGAGUGAGCACCUCAAAACAGAAUUGCUUUGUGACGUUUGAAGACAACUCCAAGUUCUGGGUGCUUUGGAAAGAUAUACAGCAUGCUGGUGUCCCUGGGGAAGAACCCAAAUGCUCAGUGUGUUCUGACAUGUCUCUGGUUCCUGGUAAUGAAAUUCUUAUCUGUGGAAAGUGUGGAAUAGGCUAUCACCAGCUCUGCCACUUGCCCCCAGUGGAGAGCUCAGCUGACCUUUCUCCAUGGUUCUGCAGGAAGUGCAUUUUUGCUUUAGCUGUGAGAAAAGGGGGAGCUCUGAAAAAAGGGCCAAUUUCUAAAGCGCUGCAGGCCAUGAAGCAGGUGCUGCCCUAUAAUCCAGAGGAGCUGGAGUGGGACUCUUUGCAUCGUACGAACCAGCAGCAGUGCUACUGCUACUGUGGAGGACCUGGAGAGUGGUAUCUGAAAAUGCUGCAGUGCUUUCGCUGUGAGCAGUGGUUUCAUGAGGCGUGUACGCAGUGCCUACAGGAGUCCAUGAUGUUCGGAGAUAGGUUUCACUUGUUCAUUUGUGCGGUGUGCAAUAAAGGAGUGGAAUACAUCAAGCGGCUGGCGCUCAGAUGCUUGUUUGUUGUCGAGUUUUCUCUCAAAGACUUUCUUACCUAUUUCUUCCCCUUCAAGCUCUCCAACACCCCUCAGUCUGAACGGGGCCAGUAUAUUCUUGAUGCCCUCAACAACUAUAAAAGCAAGUUUCUUUGCGGCAAGGAGAUCAAGAAGAGGAAAUGCAUUUUCCGACUAAGGACAAGGGUCCCUCCUAACCCCCCAUCUAAGUUGUUUCCAGAGAAGGCCCAGAACAGUGAGGGCCACAGGGGCCGCAAAAAAGGGGUCAGCAGAAACAGUAACUCUGUUCCUGCAGAGAAGCGGAGGAAGAAGAGGUCCAAGUGGCUGCUGGAGGAUGCUAUUCCUAAUAAUGACCUCACCUCUACCUGGAGCACCAAUCAUCACAUGGCCAACAUAUUCGACUUCACGCUGGACGAGCUGCAGAGUUUGAAGAGCACCAGUUCAGGACAGACGUUCAGUAUGGACCAGGACUCCACCGAUGCAGCCAGUACUUCUGGUUCUGCCACAACCAGCGUCUCCUAUGACUUCAGGAAAAAUGUGGGCAGUCGGAAGAGGAAGUUGCCCUCCUCUAAUUACACUGCGCUGGCCACAAAAAGAGAGAUGGUGGAGCGUGAGCUGAGCCCCAUCAGCAUGCCUGGAGAGGAGAGUAACGUCAUGAUGGAGAACAGCAUCGACAGCCACACCUUUGAGAGCAUCAACGAGGACGAUUCCUCACUGUCUCACCUCAAGUCUUCCAUCACCAGCUAUUUUGGGGCAGCCGGUCGGCUCACCUGCGGGGAGAAGUAUCAGGUUCUGGCUCGUAGGAUUACACCUGAAGGGAAGGUGCAGUAUUUGGUGGAGUGGGAAGGAACUACACCUUACUGAAUAUCACAGAACAGAGGUGUGGAACAGAUGGGCUGCAAAGGAAGGUGUCACGCAGUCGUCCCCCCCACCCCAUAGUUACUCUCUGUUUUGCUAUUCUGAAAGUCAUAGUUUCGGAGUUCUAGUUUUGUUUUUCUUGUUUUCCACAAACCACAUAUAGUAUUUUUUCUGAUACUCUGGUCUUCUCUCAUGUGGGACAUUAAAGUCUUUUUUUGUGAAGUCAUUUGCAGUGUCCUUUUAAGGCACUUUAAACAUCACAAACAUCAUUCAGUCUAGUAACAUGUUAUUCUUACACAGUAUAACGUCAUUAUUAGGUAGCAGAUAAAGGACAGUAUUAUACAACAUGAAGUCAUUUCAGUUUAGUUUUGGGAUUCAAACGGUUUCACUCGCCCCAGUGAGUUUCAGUUCCUGUUAUUCAGCACUUCAAAGUUCGUGUCAGGUUUUGAGUUUAAUGUUCAUCCAAAAAUGAACAUUUGCUGAAAAUGUACUC